AUGGGGUACUUGACCGCGGGCCGCCUGCCGCCUCCUCAGCCACACCGCCGCAUGCUCGGGUCUGGGGGUCCCGGCCCGGCCAUGAGCGCUCACCUGGCCAUGCCAUCCUGUCUGUCCUACCCAGGCGCGGCCCUGUAUGGGGACUACUACUGGCUCUCUCCAGGGAACACGGACAGCGUGCCCGCCGAGGAGACUCCGACGACGGACGCCCUCCCCUUGCCCGCGACAGAGAAGACGCCCAGUCCACCAGUUGACUCUCCAGCUUCUUCCAGCUCUGGGACACUCACUCAGUACUACACCCCUGACUCUGCCACCAGCCCCACCGCAGCAGCGAGCCCCUCUCCCCACUCCUCUUUCCAGAAGGUCAAGGCGCAAGGCAAAGGCAUGGUGAAGACGGGCAAGAGCCGCACAGCCUUCUCGCAGGAGCAGCUGAAAGCCCUGCACCAGCGGUUCCAGACCCAGAAGUACCUCAGCCCCCAGCAGAUUCGGGAGUUGGCUGCUGCCCUCGAGCUCACCUACAAACAGGUGAAAACCUGGUUUCAGAAUCAACGGAUGAAAUUCAAACGUUGCCAAAAGGAGACCCAGUGGGUGGAAAAAGGGCUGUAUCUACCUCAGAAUGGGGCUCGUCAGGCUGCAUACCUGGAUAUAAUGCCCACAUAUCACCAGGGCUUCCCUGGCGGUGCCAGCAGAAACCUUCAGGCUAUGACCAGCAUGCACCAGUCUUACAGCAAUGGACAGACUUAUGGGAAUGGGCAGAGCCUGUACUCAUUCGUGGCUGUGGAGGAUGAGGGGCUCUUUGGAAAAGGUGGGACAAGCGGCAAUAUCCAGCAACCUGUGGGUUUAUCAAACCAGCCAAUGAACUUCUAUCACAGCUACUCUGACAAUGUAGAUUAUGUCAGCCUGGAGUCAGAAGACACCUAUGGCUUCCAGAGUACCUCUGAUGCUGUCGCAUCAUUUUCGAGCUCUCCUAUACAGCAUCAAUACCAGGUCCCUUGGCAUCCCAUGGGGGCCCAGAGUGGUUAUGAGUCUCAGGUUUAA